AUGCAAGAAAAUAUUUGGUCCGGCCGCGUAUCAAAAAAAUGGGCUGCUAUGACUAGUAUGCAUCAAACUUAUGGUCGCUCAAAAACAUUAAUCGUACAACAUCUAACAACUCUUCAACGACAACUUCAAGAAGAUCACAAGCAUUACAAGAACUUUACAACAAUGUCAGCAAUGGUUACAGCUGUUGUCGGAAAAGGUCAACAUAAAUUAAAGCAACCAUUUGAAUAUAAUAAAAAAAUGUUAAAAUUAGACUCAACAGAUCAUCGUUUCGUACAAUAUGUUUAUGAUUUGAAACCUAAUAAACAACAAAUUCGUUCUAUUCGUAAUAUAUGGAAAGCAAUUUAUAAUAAAAAAGCUUGUUAG